UUGAAUUUGCAUGGGGACUUGCAAAUACUAAAAUGAAUUUCUUGGGAUUGUUCGAUCCGAUUUAGUCAUGGGUGAUUCAACAAUUUUACCUUAUGAAUUUCUUGCAGAGACUAAGGAAAGAGGUUUAUUAAGUGGUUGGUGCCUUCAAGAACAAGUUUUAAGUCAUGCGUCAAUUGGAGGAUUUUUAGGUCACUGUGGCUGGAAUUCAACUUUCGAAAGCAUAUCAUUUGGUGUGCCAAUGCUAUGUUGGCCUUUCUUUGCGGAUCAACAAACGAAUUGUUGGUUUAGUUGUAAUCGUUGGGGUGUCGGGAUUGAAAUUGAUAGUGAUGUGAAGAGGGAAGUGAUUGAGGAGGUUGUGAGAGAGUUGAUGAUUGGAGAAAAGGGUAAAGAGAUGAAAGAAAAUGCAUUGAAGUGGAAGAAUUUAGCAGAAAAAGCAAUCACUUCUCCAACUGGAUCAUCUUAUAUGAAUUUCGACAAGUUGGUUAGGGAAGUGCUAUUGCCAAAAGCUUCUUCAUUUCUUCCACUAGAUUGA